UUCCUCCAGCACACUUACAGGGCCUUGGCAAGGCAAGAGCUGGGUGUUCUCCCUCGGCAUCUAUACCGUGCCUGCCAGGAAGACGUUUCAAUUGGACACUGGGGCUCUGCGAACAGCCAAGGAAGGUGGGAGGGCUCGAAGGUAGAGCCAGGGCACUUUGCCAGAAGCCUCUCUUCCCCUUGCUACUCUAGGAUACAAAUCACCGGCGCUGCCGAAUAUACAGCUUCUUCUGCGUUGCUGCAGAGAGAGGCGUGUGAGAGAGGGCUGUCGGGCAGCGCCAAGCCCAAGCAACCCAUUCCACUGGCUGUCUCGCCGGGCCGGCUUGCUCCUCCUCUGCUGACAGGCUGUGGGUGGGUGUGAGCUUGAGCGUGCCAGGAGCUGGUGUGCAGGAGCAUCGCACGCUCCUAUUGGACGCGCGCACAAACACGCGCGCACGCAGCCUGCCUGCUUCCCCUGCCUCCCUCCCUCUCUCCCGGCAGCCAGCCUGGCUGAGCCUUUCCUGCUAGCCGAGCCUUUGCUCCACGGUCCGACCCUCCCCGCACAGGAAGCCUGAGGCUCGGCAUCCAGCUCCAGGAAAAGCCCCAACAGGGCAGAGCGCUAUAGUCGCGGGACGGCCCCUCGUCUGUCUCCACCCGCCCGCCUCUGCCCCCCUCCGUCCCCACGAGUUUGCGGCAGCGGCGACGGGGCAGCGCGAGUUCCAUCCAUUCAGAGCAGCGGCUGUUUCAGCUUCCUCCGCAGCCCGGUCUGAUAGCUUCUUUUGCGGGCCAGAGAGACCCUAUGAGAAGCGAGAAGCGAGAGCUCUGUGACCCGACCCGCCGGGAUGGGCUGAGCAGGGGAGGAAGAGAGGAGCUUGUUGGCCGGCGAACGAGUGAGUGAGCGGUUGGUUGGUUGGCGCUAGCUCUUGGGGAGGCUGUUGGUGCAAUGCAACACCGCGUGGCAGCCUGCAGGGCUUGGCGGACAUGCUCAGGAGGGGAGGAGCGGACGUGAAAGCAGGAGCCGCGCUUCGUUUGUCAAUGAAAGGUGUCCUUUCCACAGCGGGGCUGCAGGGAGCUGGCGGCAGGAGCUUGGCCUUCGCCUUCCACAGCAGGUGGAUCCUGCAGGCGCGGCUCCUGGGAUGAGCACAGCAGUCGCCCUGCCUUACUCGCCUGCUCUGCGCCACGUUCCGGCGAGCACUGCUAGGAUCGGAUCCUGCCCCCCCUUUGGUGCCCUGAUGGUUCCCGCCCGUCAGUUUCUCUCUGACAGGGAGGUGACCUUCCCUGGCUGAGUCUUACAAUGUGGUUUCAGGAUGCCUCAGCGUCCCGUCAGCGUCUGGCGCCGCGGGUAAGGGGUGCUUGGCUCUUGGUGCUGUUGAGUUUUGGCUUUGCCCGAAAAGGCGGGCUGGCUCUGAAUUGCCCCAAAGAGUGCGUCUGUGCCAGCAACAUCAUCAGCUGCUCCAAAGCUGAACUGAAAGUCUUCCCCUCUCAUCUUCCUCAGUAUGCAGCAGUCCUGGACUUCAGUCAUAAUGAGCUGAAACGCCUGCGAGCGGAGUGGACUCCUUCCUCACUGCCUCACCUCCACUCCCUGUUCCUCAGCCACAACAGCCUUUCCUUCAUCUCCACGGAGGCCUUCAGCAAUGUCCCUCACCUCAAGUACUUGGACCUCUCCUCCAACGCCAUUGGAGAACUCGGGGAGAACCUCUUCAGUAAACUGAAGGAGCUGGAGGUGCUGCUCCUCUACAGCAACAAGAUUUCCAAGAUCGAGCGCUCAGCUUUUGAGGAGAUGACUAAUCUCCAGAAGUUGUACCUGAGCCAUAAUGAGAUUUCCCACUUCCCUCUGGAGCUGCUGCAGAAAGAAGAGACUAAGUUUCCUGAGCUUGCCCUGCUGGACCUUUCUUGCAACAAGAUCAAGAAGUUGUUAGUGGAUGAGGUGAAUGGGCUCCCAGCCUGGGUGAAGAAUGGCCUCUAUGUUCACGGCAACCCCCUCAGCUGCCACUGUGACCUCUACACCCUCUUCAGCCACUGGCAGCAACGGCAGCUGAGCUCAGCCGUGGACUUUAAGGAGGACCUGAAAUGUUGGGAUCAGGCAAAGAAAAAAAAAGUUAAAAUUUCCAGCCUCAGUGACCCAGAGGUCAUGAACUGCAGCAAAUUCACAGAGCAAGCCCUGGAAGUCCACCGUGGGGAACAAGUAAUUAUCAACUGUGACACGAGGCAGCGAGGAGUGACAAUCAGAGAAUGGCUGACACCCCGAGAUGAGCGUGUUUCACAGGAGGAGGAGAACAGCUCCAUGACCGUGCUGACAAAUGGAAGCCUUCAGAUAAAAAACAUCAGCGUGGAUGAUAUGGGCCCAUAUACCUGUUAUGCAGUAAGCCAGGUGUUCAACGAGACCCUCUAUGUGCAUGUCACAGUCCGUAACUACACCCUGCAUGGAGCCCCAGACACACUCAAUACAGCCUACACCACGCUAGUGGGCUGUAUCCUGAGUGUAAUUCUUGUGCUCAUCUACCUUUACCUGACCCCGUGUCGUUGCUGGUGCUGUGGCAGUGAGAAGAAAGCUAACCAACAAGAGGACAGUAUCAACUCCUCAGUGCUCAGCACCACUCCCAAUCACAAUGCUGAAGUGGCUGGAGGCAAGGAAGGAUUAAACCGGCACAUGGUGCCAAGCAACGCACAAGGCCAGAAUGGCAAAUGCAAGCCCAACAGCUCCCCCAAACAGGCAGCUAAAGGGGCCCAGAAGGCAGAGAGGAAAAUGUCAGACCCAGAUUCUGUCAGCUCGGUCUUUUCAGAUACUCCUAUUGUCGGAGCCUCACAGAGUGAAGGUGGGAGAGGAUGCAACAGGGAUAAGGCAGGGGCUGAAUUAGUGGGACUACUGUGAUCAUGAUGACUCUGGAAAAGAUGAGUGGGAAUAGAUCCACAUCCUUAAGGCAUAAUGACCUUCUCUGGUACUAUUCUCCAAUCUGCCACAGUAUGUAAUAGUGUUGCUUUGCUAUUCUCCUCAUCAAGCCCAGUGUCGAAAAGCUAACAUCCCAACUUGUUCUUGAAGCACAGCCAUUCCUGAGCCCUCCGUUUUUUGGAACAAUGUGAUCUUUCAGCUCCCUCUCAUUGGAACUUUGCAAACAUCUCACUGAGAAAAGCAGAGGCACAAUGGGAACAGACCAUCAGACUAACUUUGUUUUCUGUGUCCUGCUAUUGCAUUUGCAUAGUACCCUGGAUGGGACUCUCCUCCCAAGAAUCUGUGCAGGUAUGAAUUCCAGAAGAACAGCCCUAUUCAUCUGUUGCAGCAGAAAUGGUAGUGUCACCUUAAAAGUGACAAUAUUAUGGUGGCAUAAGCUUUUGUAGGUGGCACCCUGCUUCAUCUGAUGUACAAAGUGGGCCUAGAAACCAUGUUUUAAGUUAUCCUUCAUGCAAAUUAAACCAUAUUCAUCUCCACAGUAGCUCCAGCCACAGCAGUAGCCCCAGUUAGCUAUGGCAUUGGGGAGGGUGUUACUUUUUAAAAGUGGCUUAAUAAUAUUUUUUAUAUGUAAAAAAAUUGCUACAAACAAUUAUUUAUUUUUACAGAAAACGAGGGUUCCCACCACACCAGGCUUUUCAGGACAUAAUUCAAAGCACUUUCUAGCAAGUGGGCAGGCCUGUUUUGGAAACCUCUUAUGCUUUUAUUGGACGAUGACAGAAAUUAAAAGUGAAAUUUUAGAAACACAACGAGAAGGGGGUAGUUACGUAGUCUUCCUUUACUACUCUUGUAAAAAGGAGCAAAACCCAAACAUUUUAACCCUCAUGGCAUCAAACCACAAGAAGGAGCCAACGGUCUAGGGAACCUGUAAGCUGGAAUGCCACAUCUGCCACCCACACCCACCCUGCUUGCUCCAAAAUGCAGACAAGAACAUAGCAUGGCAUGACCCAAAUCAGCUGCUUUUCCCUCAGCUGUUUGCUUGGCAGCUUUUAACAAUCAGAUUCCCAUUACUAAUUGCAGUCAUCUAAUUUGUCAAGCCAGUGGUCCAGAGCAUAGCUCUUCAUCCUUACAGAACUUCAGCGUCUGGAGACUCUGGGAGGCUGUAUAAAUCUGGGAAAUCUCAAAGCAAUUUGGCAGCCUCCUCAUCCUCUUGAAGGUUUUCUUGUUAGGCUAUCUGCUUUAGAAUACCAAGCAUUUGACAAACUCCAGGUGCUUGGUGGGGAAAAAGAGGCUUCCCAGCAUAGCAGCUAAAAUGAAGGAGCCACUUUGGUCAUAUCAGUGAUCAUGUGUAGGAGCACUUUCAGCUGAAGAGAGGCCUUUCUGGAAUGUGCUUGGUCUACAUUAUUGUAUGACUGUUUUACAGUGGGUUUUUAAAAAAUCUAUUUUGAAUUUCUUCCUCUCAGUGGGGUAUAGAAGGGACAGAGAGAAGGACUGAACUACAUGAGCAUUCAAGAAAAGUCUGUAUUAAACAUCUGUGAUUGCUCCAACUGAUCUCUUUGUGGGGUACAUUAUCAGUUCAGCAGUGGUCAUUUUCAAGCAAUUUCAGUGAGAAGGUCCUUGUGCGAGGCAUGUGACUUGCUCCUAUGCCCAUUCUCCAGGGACUUAACAGAAAAGGAUGAACUCCACCUGCUCUGUCCAACUCAGAAUGCUCCAUUCAAAAUGGGUGGCUUGGAGAAGUCGAGAUUGCCAAGGAGAGGGUGCUAUCAAUGGAAAGGCCCUUUUGAUAUUACCUUGGAUUCACACUCCAUUGGAUUCCUCAGUCCACCAAAGAGACUGUGACUAUUACUUUAGGAAGCAGAGUAGAGGAUUCUGGGAUAUCCCCAUAUCAUGAAGCAAGAUCUUACUUUGAUGCACUCUUCUUAUGCUGUUCGGGGACUGGUUUGGGGUCUUAAGAGUGGAAGAACCCCUCAUCCUAUUCCCUAAUCAUUCAAGUCACAACUUGUAUCCUUUUUGGUUGAAGCAGUGAAGAAAGGAGCUCUUCUUGCUCCUGUCCCACAGAUGAAUAUUGUGCCUCGUCAACAAUUACUAAGGCAACCUUUUUAUUCCAUCUAAACUCACAUAGUCAGAAUGGAAGCCACCCACAUGGUUUCCCUGUUGUAAACUGAUUACUUAAAGGAAGGAUCUGCCUGCUGUCCACGUGGUGCACCAGAACAUCUCCUCCCUCAGCAAACCACCUGCUUGCGUCUGCUGUCUGUGCAACGUGCCACAGGGUCCCUGCUGAGAAUCUAAAUAUGAUUUGAGUUCACAUUAAGCUGCCAGGAGAGAACUCUCUUCUUCCCCUUACUGGAUACAGCACCCAGAUAUACAUUUAAUGGAGGUAAGAAUAAGGAAUACAGCUAGAAAUAGAUCUGCUGUGGUUACUGAAGUACUUCCUAGGAUCAUGACUGAAUCUAGUAUUUGCUUUUUGUUUAACAGUAGGCAGUGCUUGAUGCUAAUGGAAAAGAAUCCCCUGCACCCUGAUUCUUCAUCCCAACUUUUAAAAGAGUGUGUGAAUGAGUUGCCCCCAGAUCCAUAAUAUGCCAUACACUCCUGUAGUACAGCAGAAAACAAAUAGUCUUUUGCCCAUUUAGUUUGACUCUAUGGCUUGCUCAUUAAUGAUUGCCAUCUCUGAGGGCUUCUAAGGGUCAUGUACGUUAGGCUAUUUUAAAAGAUCCAUAUAUUUAAACAAGAUAUGCAAAUUACCUCUUUUGGUUUUAUUUGCUGAUUGCUCCUUCUCCCUGCUUCCCACCCUUGCCCCCAGUCAGCUAGCAACAUUCCACAUGAGCAUCUUGAACAAGGGAGUCGAUACCUCACAGAUGAACACUGCACUUUCAGUUUUGCAGGAGUCAAAUGUGCACCUGACCUGUAUGAUUUGUGCUGUGCACCUGCCCUGAAUCUGUCUGCCUUGCUGAUAAGGUUAAGUGUAGUGUGUCAGCACAGUGGAAAACUGCACAACACUGCACAAUUCUCAUUUUAAAAGGAACCAUUGGAUGUGCUUCCCAUUCCUGAUGCCUUAGUCGAUGCAUGAGCAUGACAAAUGUGCAAUGCAGCUGCAAACAUGCUUACAGAGGGAAAUGAAUGGGGAGCCUGGGGCUUAGACAGAAUGGUUGGAAGCAGAUGGUUUCUUAGAAGAUUACUGGAAAUUCCUACCACUACCACCUGAAAAUCAAGGGAGGACAUGUAUUUAUGCACAGGAUAAACAACAGGUACCCUGUUACUGUACCUUUCUGAAUCCAUACAACAAAGCAAAGAUAGCUCCUCAAGCUCCACAAAGAAAGGUUACCCAAUGCUUAUAGUACAGCAUGGCUCCCUCUCUUACUCCCCCAUUCUGUGGUUUGCAGGUCAAGCAAAAUGUUAAUCCAACCUGCAUAGGAUACAUACGUGCUUAUCUGUUUCACGCAGAAAUAACAAUCCCAAAGAGUACCUGGGCUGCAUUUCUGUUCGGUAGUCUGUACUCUCCAGCAUAGACGUAGUUUAAAAUAAAACAUGUUUUACAAAUAUG